AUGGGAAAAGGUAAACCAAGAGGACUUAACUCAGCUAGAAAAUUAAGAGUUCACAGAAGAAACAACAGAUGGGCCGAUCAAGCUUAUAAGGCUAGAUUGUUGGGAACUGCUUUCAAAUCAUCCCCAUUCGGAGGUUCAUCCCACGCCAAAGGAAUUGUAUUGGAAAAGAUUGGUGUUGAAUCCAAACAACCAAACUCCGCUAUCAGAAAGUGUGUCAGAGUCCAAUUAAUCAAGAAUGGUAAGAGAGUUACUGCUUUCGUUCCAAACGAUGGUUGUUUGAACUUUGUUGAUGAAAAUGACGAAGUCUUGUUGGCCGGUUUCGGUAGAAGAGGUAAGGCAAAGGGUGAUAUUCCAGGUGUCAGAUUUAAGGUUGUCAAAGUGUCAGGUGUUUCUUUGUUGGCCUUGUGGAAAGAAAAGAAGGAAAAGCCAAGAUCGUAG